UGAAAUAUUCAAGCGAGGCAAUCUAUUCUCCUUCAUGGUAUCGGAUUUUUGUUCGAUCCUCUAAACCUAAAUCUCUAGCUUGCCUGUUCGUUCUGCAAUGAAGCAACCCACGGACGCUGCUGCAGCAGCAGCGAAGGCUGAAGCCAAAGCCAAGGCUGCUCUCUGGGCGCAGGCCGUCGCUGUCCCGAGCGUCAAGACCCUCGUUCCUAUCACGCUUGAUCUCAACGCCGGAAAUUACAUGCACUGGCGUGGGCUCUUAUGCAAGUAUGCUCUCGAAGAUCACAUCGCGGAAGCAACGACGUUCGGCCCCGACAACCAGUGGAAGCGCCUCGAUGCUCUCGUCCGCUCCUGGCUCUACGGCGCCAUCUCCGUCGACAUCGCCGGCAUGGUCAUGGACACUAGCGCCGCUGCUACAGCCCACGUCGUCUGGACGGCCAUCGAGGGUCUCUACUGCGACAACGCCGAUACUCGCGCCAUCUACCUCGAGCAGGAGUUCUACAGUCUCCAGCAGGGCGUACUGUCCAUGACCGACUAUUGCAAAAAGCAGAAAGCCCUCGCCGCUGAGUUGUCCGCCCCCGACAAGGGCCUCGUCCUCAACACCCUUCGUGGAUUAAACAAGAGGUUCCAGCAUAUGCGGACCCUCAUCUCCAUCCAGAAGCCGCUCCCUUCGUCCAAUGAGAUGCGCUCCGCUCUCAUCCUUGAGGAACUCAGCUCCGGUACUGACUCCGACCCGCCACACAUGGCCUUCGUCACUGCUAACCCCUCGAGCACCAAGGGCUUCUCGACAUCCAUGGAGCGGUCUGGCGGCAAACCCCAUGUGCCCCCCUCAAACCGGCGCCUGGAGGCCUGCCGGAACUUUGCACGCGGCAACUGCCAAUUCGGUGACAAGUGCAGGUUUCUGCACACCUCUUCUCAGCAGCAGUGUACCGGCCACAACUCCAGCAGCGGCAAGCAGGUGACCUCCUGGCCCUCCAUCCAAAACCCUUGGGUUGGCUCUAUCCAGAUGUGGCCCGGCCAAGGGCGUCCGGCUGGUCACAGCAUCCUUGGUCCUCCACCCACUGCCGCUCCACACGCCUUCCAUGCUGCCACCCCGACAACAACACCUCCACAGUACAUGCCGCCUUGGUAUGGCGCUCAAUGGUCAGGCGCGGCAUGGCAACCGACCACGUAUGGUGGUGCUCCAUCGACACACCCGUACUCCUUCGACCAGAACCAACUCAUGGGAGCUUUCAACACAACGAUGCUCUCACCUCCAUCGCCAUCUCAGUGGUACACGGACUCCAGGGCCUCUGCACAUAUGACCUCGGAUCAGGGAUCUUCGCACCAGGAACGUGAUUCUCAGAUACAAUAGUGAUGGUGACCUCUACCCCUUCCCGUCGACAUCCACCGCCGCCCAUGCACUCUCCGCUACGACAUCACCAUCGACUUUGUGGCAUCGACGCUUAGGACAUCUUAGCAAGCAAGCUUUGUCACACUUAGCACGUGCUUUUUCUAUUGCAUGUAAUCAACAUUCCUCUAGUGAGUCUAUAUGUCAUGCUUUUCAACUAGGUAAACAUAUACGCUUGCCUUUUGAUAUUUCUACUUCCCGAGCUACUACA